ACCAGUCAUUGACGAUGUUGCCUAGGAGUCCGCCGAGAUGAUGUAUCGUGCUGCCACCUCUAAGAGCAUGCAUCGUAUACUCAUAUAUAUCAGCCUCCUUCUGGCAGCAUCAAUUCCUCUGCUGGUUGUGGCCAUCAUAUCUACUCUGUCAUUCUACCACAACUAUCUACCAGACCAGGUGUUUUCCACCCCAGUGUACCUCCAAUACGGCAUAUGAUAUCGCCGUGGUUUUGAGCGUGCCUCAAUCCCCCGCCAACGCUGACCGAGGGAACUUCAUGGUCACUCUCCACCUCCUUGGGCCGGGAUUGCCAUCGUCUGGCAACGAACUACAUUACCUCCUGGACCUGGAGAGCCUGCAUCGCGAAAAGAAGAUACGGUUUAGUUCCAGUCGUCCUGCUUUGCUGCCGUAUCGAGAUCCUCUCGUGUCACUAGCGUCGCGCCUCCUUUUCCUGGGCUACCAUCUACUGGUGCCCGAGUCCCAAGCGUUGACCGUGAGGAUACCAAUGGGCGAGCAGGUAGAACUGGCUACGCAAUAUUCCGAGAUGCCAGUGUUGGCGUACCUAGAGAUCAAUGCCGGGCAAAUUCUCCAGACCUACGAUGCUUCGAUCGUCAUGACCGCCCAGCUGCGCGGCUUGCGCUGGUUGAUGUACCAAUACCGACUUCCCGUUUUCAUCUUAGCCACUCUCCUCUUUUGGGCGGCUGAAAUGUUAUUCAUGAUUGCAGCAUGGGCGACAUGGUCCGCCAGGGCAAGCGCCUCGUCUGGUACACAGACGAGAGGAUCUGCAUCACCAGAGACUGCCGCAGCUGUUAAGCGCGACGAGGCAGGCUUGGAUGAGUUUUCUAGCACGGCGACAACGACUUUGCCGGCAUAUAGCAUUCGGGAAAACCCAGAGCACGAGUUGCAUAACCGCGAAUGGGCACCGGAUAAUGAACAGGAUCAUGCCUCACCUGCCCGUCCCGGGGGUGGUGUCGAUGAACUCGAAAGCGAUGUGCGGUGGGUUAGGGAUGAUAUUGGCGUUGGCAAGGGCGCAAGCGAUAUGGGGAGUGUACGGCGUCGGUCAUCCCAUCGUCGGCUGACGUGACAGUGAGACGACGAGGCUCCGCACGUGUGCCGUUGACGUGGAACCUGGGCUCAUCCGCAGGACAUAUACCGAAAGCGAAAGUUUAUAUUCCGAGCGGUAUAGUGCACUUCGAAGGGCUAGAGACGGGACCCCGACAUGAGAGGCAUGUGACUUAAGUAGGAAAUUCGAAUGGCAGUUAGCCCCGGCCAUUAAGGAGUACUGUACGUAAAGGAGGCCGGGGGAAGGUAGGAAAACGGGAAAACGGGCAUACAGGAAUACGGGAAUACGA